AUGGAUUUUUAUGCCUUCUCCGCGAAAGAGUAUCGAGAUGAUCAGAAGCUUCAUGUUCUCCUUGCAGCUACCGGCUCAGUUGCUACGAUAAAGCUCCCGAACAUAGCCGAGGCCCUCUGCCGCCAUCCAUCUAUCUCGUUACGAAUUAUAGUGACUCAAUCAGCCGAAAGAUUUCUAGGUGGCCAGAGCCUUGAGCAGCCCAUCUUGGAUAAUCUUCGGCAAAUCAAUGGUGUGGAUGCGGUUUACCGGGACGAUGAUGAAUGGGCAACACCGUGGACGCGUGGAGCAAAUAUUCUACACAUUGAAUUACGCAAGUGGGCACAUAUGUUACUGAUCUCUCCACUAUCAGCCAAUACAAUGGCGAAGAUGAGCGUGGGCAUUGCAGACAACCUCUUGCUGUCGGUGGUACGAGCCUGGGACACAACUGGCCUGGUCGAUCAAGAUUUCAAGGCCCAGAAGCCACGAAUUUUCGUGGCCCCUGCUAUGAACAGCGCCAUGUGGCACCAACCGAUCACGCAUCAGCAGCUCAGCAUCCUACAAGGUCAAUGGGGGUGGAGUCCCACCAAUCCGGAGGGGUGGGUGACUGUUCUUCCUCCAAUAGAUAAACCCCUAGCAUGUGGGGACGUAGGGAGUGGUGGAAUGAUGGACUGGAGAGAUAUUGUCCGUAAUGUGGAAGAGCAUUUGGGGCUCUCGGCGGUUCAAUCUUGA